UAAGUAUGGCGUUCCCAGCUUUAUUUCCUACGGGCGCUGCAGACUUGAAUUUGGAAAGACCACACCGUCUCACGCCAGUGCAGUACUUCAAGUUCCUUCUAGAAUUUAAAGAUGGGCGCUUCGCAAACGAUCCCCGUUUCCGUUUUUUUGCAUUCAACACCGUAAUGCGCCACGAAGCCUUACGUGCAGGCAGCAUUUACGUCAGGAGAAACGAGGACCUCCAUGGCAAGACUGUCAGGGAUCUGCGGGAAAUGGCUAGACAGCGACCUGGACUUGCCCGUGAUAUUAUGUUUUACGGCACCAAGCUGCAUGGCACUCGCCAAUACUGGGGUGCACGCCUUAGUGAGCUACUGGACAUGAUCAACCAGUUAGGUGUCCCAACCAUCUUUAUGACUCUCAGCGCCGCCGAUCUUCAUUGGCCAGAUCUCUUCCGCCUCAUGCUUGAGCAGUACAAUGCCAACCUCACUGAUGGUGAGCGUAUUCUGUUAGAAGAGCUUACAGAAGAACAGAGAAGAAAUUUCAUUGCGGACCAGCCGUACGUCCCGAGUGUGUUUUUUAUGAAGAGGGCGGAGUACUUUAUGGGAAAAAUUUUAAAGCUCAUGUAUCCCGUCAAGGAUUUUUGGUGGCGCUUUGAAUGGCAGUUUCGUGGGUCGCCACACAUACACAGCCUCCUCUGGCUAUCAGAUGCCCCUGACGUGACACGACUGAAGGAAAUGACUCCUGAGGAGUUCGCGACCGUCGUGGACUACUUUCACAACAUUGUGUCCGCGUGGAACGUCGGCCUAGGCCUUCCGCCUGCUCAAGUGCAUCCCUGCCGCAAGCGCUUCAAGGACGUCGCACCUGAGGACCGAGUGCGCCAUCUUGGAGAGCUCUUGAAUAGAGUCCAGCGCCACCUGCGCUGCACUGAAGCCUACUGCCUGCGCCGAAGCAAAGGUCCAGGACAGCCAUUAGAAUGCCGUUUCAAGUUUCCCUUUCAGCUGGCGGAUCGUACUGAAAUUAUCUUUGAUGAAAAGGGUGAACCUCAGUUCAUCCCAGCAAGGAAUGACAGUCUUCUAAAUAAUUUAAUUGAACGAGUCAUUUCAGCCUGGAUAGGCAAUAUGGACGGUAAACCUGUAUUGUCUAAACAAUUAUGUGCCAAUUAUCUUGCCAAAUACUCGGCUAAGCCUGAAAAGAAGUCAAAGUCCAUGCAGGAACUUUUUGAGGAUGCAUUGCGGGACCUAAAUGAUGACGACAGUGCACGAAAAGCAAUCCAACGGCGCUGCGUGCAGUCCAUCAGUGAGCGGGACUUUUCAUCUCAAGAAAUAAUUCAUCUUGCAACUUCACAGAAGCUCAUGCAUAGCUCCCGGAACUUCGUAAGAGUGAACUUUUUCGACCCUACCUGGGUAGCACCGGCUCCGGAAAGAACUUCAGACAUCCAAGAGGACAAUGCUGAUGAUCCUGACGUCGUCCAAGGCGAUCCUGAACACGGGUCAUCUUCUGUCCAAGCAGACGAGGCGCACGGCUCACUGCUCGAGCGCUACCCCAAGAGGCCUGCACACCUGAAUGAGGUGUCGUUGUGGACGUUUGCUCGUGACUACAAGUACGACACAUCCAAAAAAAGGUACACCAAACUUACCAAAUUUAACGUGGUAUGCGUGAAUCCUCGUCUGCGCCUCACUCCCUGCGCUGCUCGCAAUGAAGGGUACUAUCGCCAGCAAGUCUUGCUGCACGUCCCAUGGCGAACUGAAGAGGGAGCCCUGUCGGGGCACGGCACGUGGCGUCAAGCAUUCACCGCCAACAAUGUGGUGCCGCAAGGUGAAGAGCAUCUUCCAGAUCCUGAAAACAAUGAUUUAGAUGACAUGGACGUUACACAAGGAGAGAAUUUAGACGAAUGGAUGACAGUCGCACGGCACCUACCAAACCAAAACGUCGAGCGUGUCGAGCUAGGCACAAGAGAAAUGGACCUCGCGCACGACUGGGCAUCCGAGGGACACCGUUACGGAAAUCUCGACGUUUUACGGACCUUCCUCCAAGCGGCAAAAGCAGAAUUCGUUGUGGAGCGCACAACCUCGACCGGCCCCGCUGUUCUCUUGUCUGCGGAGCAGCAAGUUGUCAUGGACAUCCUGUCACUGCAGAUAGAAGAAAUUGUCAAACCCAGAGGCUCAACCCCGCCACGCCUAGUAAUCGUCCAGGGCAAAGCUGGCUGUGGAAAGUCUACAGUCAUUAAAGCUAUGACAUCUACCCUGGACGCACGGCUUGGUCGUGACUCCUAUCGGCUAAUGGCUUUUACUGCUGUGGCUGCCCUGGGCAUCAACGGCGAGACGCUUCACUCAGGCCUGCAACUGCCCAUCAGACCGCGUGACUUUGCCCCACUCACCGGAGAGCGUGCAAAAGCUUUUCAGGAUGACAUGGAAAACGUACGCUUUCUAUUCAUUGAUGAAUACUCCAUGGUGAGCCUUAGCCUGCUUGGUAUGGUCGAGCGUCGGUGUAGUGAGGCACAUCCCUAUUCCAAAGAGCUAUUUGGAAAUAUGCACAUCUAUCUGAUUGGGGACUUGGCUCAACUCCCCCCUGUAUGCAGCAAGGCCAUCUACAGCGUGCCCAAAGACGGUUCUUCUGAAAUGGACCUCCGUGGGCACUAUACCUUUGCUCAGUUCAAGCACGCUGUCGUGCUCUCUCAAUCCAAACGGCAAACAGACACAAGCCUGUGCAGUGUCCUCGAUGAGAUUGGCAGGGGCUGCUGUAGUGUGGAGAGCUACAAGCUGCUUCAGCAGCGUUUUUCAAGUGUCGUCCCACCGCCAGAGCAACGCCAAUUCCGGGAUGCGAUGCACAUCUUUUCUACAAACAGCGACGCCAGGGCCUACAACAUCAAAAGACUCGUCGAACUGAAUUGUCCUGUCGCCCGUAUACCAGCUGUCCACAAUAACGACACCGCUAAAAAGGCUGGCCCAGACGAAGCUGGUGGUCUUGAAUCAUUUAUCUACCUCUCAGUUGGUGCUCUCGUAAUGCUCCGUGCCAACUUGUGGACAAAAGCUGGCCUCGUCAACGGAGCUUUGGGCACUGUUGCAGCUAUCGUUUAUGCCGACGGCCAGAGCCCACCCAACCAACUGCCCUUUGCCGUGCUUGUCAGGUUUCAGCGUUACACUGGCCCUGUCAUACCAGUUGACGGAUCCUUUCCAACACUGCCUCUUACUCGCACUUUUAAGGUAAAAGAGGUAGCCUGCAGCAGAGAGCAAGUGCCUCUACGCCUUGCCUGGGGAAGCACGGUCCACAGUGCUCAAGGUCUUACUCUCGACAGAGUAGUUGUGAACGUUGGCAAGAGAGAGUUUCAAUCAGGUCUUUCUUACGUGGCCAUGACCCGUGGAAAGACAUGGGACACUCUUCUGAUUGACCCACCUUUUGUCCGGGCUCGCCUCUCAACCUUGCACACGGCUCCCUCUCUGAAACGUAGACUAACGGCGAUUCAGAAAAUCGUGAAUAUGGCCCACCGCACAAAGGCGCAGCUUGGUUAUCCCACCGAACCACCUUUGCCACGGCCAGGUACAUCACCUAGCGAACCGCCUGGGCCACCACCAGCUCCGUCACCUUCACCGCCGCCAGCAUCACCUGCGCCGCUGCCUCUAGAUGAAGACGUCGUUGACGUCGGUGGUGUUAUGGCCAGAGUAGCUGUAGUCCCAGGAAAUGGUCACUGCCUCUUUGUGUCGCUCUUUCACCAACUCAAUGGCACUAUGCCCUCUGAGCAGCAAGUUACUAACCUCCGGUGGCGCGUUGUGACCCACAUCAGACAGCGCCUUGCCGGACCACUUCGUGAAGAGUGGGAGCAGCUUCUGGUGGGGACGCUCCUCGACGUAUCUGACCGCUUUCCAGAGAUGGAGAACGGAAUAGCAUUGUCACUGGAGACACGUAUCGACAGAUACCUCAAUGCGCUGAAGAACUCGGAAUGGGGUGCCAUGGAAACUGUCAGGGCUGUGUCUGAGAUGGAAAACGCCAGCAUCACAGUCUUUAGAGAGGCAGGGGUUGCAAAUGUCUUCCACCAAGGUGAUCAAAGACACCUCGCUGUGGUCUUCAGACUCCGCCCAAUCCAAGAGGGAGAAGGGGCCAACCUUUGGAACCAUUAUGAUAGUUUUCUUGAUUUUGUCUAAUUACAUCGUCCUUCGGCAAUUAUAUAAAAGUAUUAGGUUAAUGCGUCUGUGCAGUUUAAAUAGCAUUUUAUUGCAUUUCUGAUUUGAUGCUACACGCUACUGUUUGCACGAUAUGAUAGAAAAUGCAUCAUUUUGCUUUGACUCUCAAAAAACAUCAUAAAUCUGCAAUUAAUUAAAAAUGUUGAACUUCAUAUUAUUGUAUCUUAGAAGUAACGUGCACUAGCACAUAUGCAAUUCAU